UCUGAUCUGAUGAUGAUGCAAGGUGGUGCAGGAAAUAGUGAGAGCGGGGGCCAAGUUUGUGUACCUCCCGGUUUCCGCUUCCAUCCUACCGACGAGGAGCUUCUUUAUUACUAUUUGAGGAAGAAAGUAUGCUAUGAACCCAUUGAUUUGGACGUUAUCAGGGAAGUUGAUCUCAACAAACUUGAGCCUUGGGACCUCAAAGAGAAAUGUAGAAUUGGAACAGGCCCUCAGAACGAGUGGUACUUUUUCAGCCACAAGGAUAAGAAGUAUCCAACUGGAAGCCGAACAAAUAGAGCCACAGCAGCCGGGUUUUGGAAGGCUACAGGAAGGGACAAGCCCAUAUACCACCACCAUACCUCAUCAUCAUCAUCAUCAUCCAUGAGUAGUAGUAGGAGGAUUGGGAUGAGGAAGACUCUUGUAUUUUAUACAGGGCGGGCUCCUCACGGCCAAAAGACAGACUGGAUCAUGCACGAGUAUCGCCUUAUUAUUGAUAAUACUAAUCUUCAUGCACAUUCACUACUCGAGGAAGAUGGGUGGGUGGUGUGUAGGGUAUUCAGGAAGAAAAACCACAGCAGAUGUAGUCUCCAGCCUGAAAUAAUUAUGAGUCCAAGUCUGCAGCAGCAGGAUGAUGAUGAUGAAUGUUUAGCAGCUGUUCAAAUGAACAUGAAGAAGAAGGCCAGUUGUCCUUCAUCUGGUGAGCUGUCUCAGCAACAACAACAACAUAGUCGUCUACCGGGGGAGGAGGAGGAGGCAGCUAAUAAUAAUAAUAAUAAUAAUAAUAAUAGUUUUGCUUGGUACCAGCAGGUGUGGGAUAAUAUAGGUUGUAAUUAUAUGCAUCUCCCUCAACUGUUGAGUUCGGAGUCGACGUCUCAUCAUCAUACAUCUCCCUUCCUAGCUCCUGCACCGCCCUUCACCAAUAUGGAGACUACUGCGCCUCAUGGGGUUCUUCAAACCUUCCUCAGGCCACUAGCAUAUUCACAACAUCAUCAUAACAAAUUGAAUAAUAAUAAUAAUACCCCCGGUGGCGGUGGCGGCAGCGGCAGCGGCAGCGGCGCAGGCGAUUGGGCAUUCUUGGGCAAGCUUCUUGCAUCAAACCAUCGAAGCAAUGAUGAUAUUGCGCUCACUGGCCUUGGGGAUCAAACCACAUACUGCAACCAGCUGCUCUUGUCCCAAGCGGCGGCGGCUGACAAUAUGAUCAACAUCCACCACCACCUUUCUUCUACUUCUACUUCCACUCAACAAUGCUUUCCAUUCCAACACAACGCCGCCGCCAGCUUUGAUCCAUAGUUACGUUACACACCCACCUAUACUAGUUAAUUAAAUUAGCUACCAACUUUAAUUUUCCAUUCCUACAUCAUAUCAUUAUUUCAUCAUGAUUUCGCUAAAUGAAUCAAAUUAUUAUUAUUAUUAUU